AGUGAGUGGUGUGUGAGUGGUGUGUGUUGUUGUGUAUUGUGUCUCACAUACAGUGCGUACAGAGAGUGUACAGCAAUCGCGAGCCACCAGUCAGUGAGCAGUGAGUCUGUGAUCAGCGCUCAGAUGCGAUGCGUCAGUACAACAGCGAUAUCGUUGACCAACCGCUGCCCAACACGACGCCCACCACUACCACCACCACUGCCUCCACCGACCAGCACAAGGAGGCCACGACCACCACUACUACAGCCGCCGUCGACCUCAACCACGACAACAACCACCACAACCACAACGACAAUGAGGACAACGAGUCGGACGACGCGACCGCCGACGAGGAGACGGAGACGGCGCGCGACUCGUCACCGGACGGCCGGUUCCUGAAGUUCGAAGAGAUCGGUCGCGGGUCCUUCAAAACAGUGUACAAAGGACUGGACUCGCGCGACGGUGUGGCCGUUGCCUGGUGUGAGCUUCAGGAGCGGCUCAACCGCAACGAGCGGCAGAGGUUUCGCGAGGAGGUGGAGAUGUUGAAGGGUUUGCAGCACUCAAACAUUGUCCGCUUCUACGACUACUGGGAGGUGAACAGUAAGAACCGGCGAUACCUGGUCCUCAUCACCGAACUCAUGACCUCCGGGACGCUGAAGACUUAUUUGAAGCGCUUCAAGAAAAUAAACUCAAAAGUGCUGAAGUCGUGGUGUCGGCAGAUACUGAAGGGGCUGAACUUUUUGCACUCGAGGACGCCCGCCAUCAUUCACCGCGACCUCAAGUGCGACAACAUCUUCAUCACCGGCACGACGGGGUCCGUGAAGAUCGGCGACUUGGGUUUGGCGACGCUUAAGAACCGGUCGUUCGCCAAGUCGGUGAUCGGGACGCCGGAGUUUAUGGCGCCCGAGAUGUACGACGAGCACUACGACGAGAUGGUCGACGUGUACGCCUUCGGCAUGUGUCUGCUCGAGAUGGCCACCGGUGAGUACCCGUACUCCGAGUGCGUCGGACCCGCGCAGAUCUACAAGAAGGUGUCGUCCGGUACGCCACCGCUUAGUAUCACGAAAGUGGACAAUCCGGAGGUGAAGAACAUCAUCGAGAUGUGCAUCCAAGUGAAGAAGGAGGACAGGCCUACUGUCAGGGAACUACUCAAACACGACUUCUUCGAAGAGGACGCCGGCUUCAAAGUGGAGUUCUGUGACAAAGAGCAGAGUGUGGCCGACUGUGACAGCAAAGUGGAGCUCAGGCUCAGGGUAACGGAUCCCAAGAAGCGUAAGCACAAGGAGAACGAGGCCCUCCAGUUCUACUUCGACAUCGACAACGACUCCGUCGACGACGUGGCCAAGGCUUUGGUGGAAACAGGCUUUUUAAACAGCGAGGAAGACGUGCGAGUUGUGGCCCUUUUGAUACGAAACCAGAUAUCGGUGCUCUUGAAAGAGAGGGAACAGUAUCUCCUCCAACAGCAACAACUGGCCCAACAAAACCAGCAAAACUUAGAAAACUUAGCCACGAAUUCACCGCAAUUCGAGUUAAUCCAGAAAUUGCAACAACAGUACAAACACGCCGAGAGGAUCACUAACGCCCGGGUCGAUGACGUCUUCUCCGCUAUCAUUGAGAGACACGAGAGAGAGAAACGCGAGUUAGAAGAGAAGCAUUUCCACGAAUUGAAUCUAUUUUUCCUACAAAAGCAUCACUUAAGCAAUGAAAACAUCUCAAACGACGACAAAACGAACUCCAGUUCCCAAUCGGAGACGUCGACUACGCUGAGUGUCGCACAAGAAGCGCAUCGACCCCAGAGUCCGUCGUCUCCGAGUUCGCCGAAUGAGAGCCAAACGAAUAGUGUUUCCGUUUGCUGUAAACCCAGUAAUCAAAACCAACUGAACGACGAGUUGCUCAUGAAAUUGGUUCAGAACCUCAACAAUCCGAAGGCCAUGAAUGCGGCCAACACUGCGUGCAUUAGUCCCGUUCCUGACGACCACCACUUAAACAUAGCCGACCAGCACCACAACAACAAACUCAACACCUGUGCCGCCUCCUACAGCACCAACAGCGGCACUCAGCCCUCGAGUACAGACUCGUCGGGCGCCGGUUGUUGUGAACAGUCGUCUCCGCUCAGAAGCGGGUUGUCUGCGCCCGGUCUCAGGCGCUCAUCCAGUGAUACGUUCGUCGACAGUGUGUUGGCGCCCAAGUACUGGUGCCAUAACACGACCGCCGCGGCCGCCACCACUACCACCACUCCAGUCUCAGUCUCGCCAGCCCUGGGCAUCAUCUACAGGAGUCCGCCGAUGGUCUCCUCCAUGCCGUCGGCCAUCAAUAGUCACUCAUUGACGACACAAUUGUCACCGACAGUCGACGCGUGUAUCGACAGUCACCACCACCUCCACCACAACAACGCAUGUGAUUCCGGUGCUUAUUAUACGAGUAGUUCCAAUGAUUCCGACAGUUCCAACGCAAUGAGUUACACCGAUAGUAACACACGGACUGCAGCCAAACAGUGAGCCCAUUGAUGGCAUUCCCAAAACAUUGAGAUAAUGCUUUUUUAUAAAUACAAAACUAACAAAAUUUUACAGUAUUUUAGUACAAAAUUUUAGAGCCUUUUAAAAAUAACUUGUAAUUAAUUUAUAAUUGAAUUGUUUCAUAAAUUUAAUGCUCUCUUUCUGGUCAUUACUAGUUGUCAUUUGCUAUAGAAAUUCAACCAUUAAUUAAUGAUUGCGUUAACUAUUAGUAUCGAUACGAAACUUACUGUAAAUUUUUCGCAUCCAAAACGCGGUUUCCUUUGACUCGACGGCUAAUCAGUGUAUUAUAUUAGAGGGGAAUAGCGAAACACACAAACUGUUAAUUGUAUUAAACGUUUUUAUUAAUUAGAUAAACGAAACAAAGCAAACAAAAAUGUUUGAUUGCAUUUAACACAACAUUUAGCAUUUGUAAUUCUGUACAUAAAAUAUUAUUAUUAUUAUUAAUUAUGAACUGUAAAAUUAAGUUAUCAUAUGUUUAAACUGUGAUUCCGAUGUAAUGCUGUCACUGGGCGAGCACAGGGAGCCCGCGGCGCUGGUCGUCGCUGUGAACUGCGUGCUCUCGUAUAGCUCACUGUUAUUCCGCUGAUACACGAACUCCGUGUCCACUGUCUUGAGCGACGAACACGACAACUGGUGCGUCAGCAGACUGUCGACGCCGCGGCCCCCGCUGUCGUCGGCACCGGCGGCCGCCGCCCCUCCGCACGACUCGUCCAUAUUGUCGUCCAAUUGAGGCUUAUAUGAGAACAUAAUGACCGAUGCGGUCGACGCGAAGAAGGGUCCCAAGAAUGUCCAGUAGACGAGUGGCGUGAAGAGCGUGAAGUACAAGUAGGUGGUGACGUCCACUACGCACAGGCCCUCCACCCGGCCCCAGAAGAACAGCGCACUGCCCACCGCUUGGAUCAGGUUCAGCACCGAUAGCAGACACGCGUACACGUAAAACGACUGUUUGGCUAUACAUUCAAAAUCGAUUCAAACGAGAAAACACACAAAUUACAAGCGAUUAGUCAUUUAUUUUGUAACAAACAAAACAAGUAAUCAACUCUUUUUUCACUCAUUACUACAAUCAGACGUAUGGAGCGGCCGUUUUUGGCUACUGGUUCUCUCGGUGUCGCUCACACACCAACUGACCCUUCAAUUGUGUACACUUUUUAAGAUUAACACUACAUAUUUUUUAAUUAUUAUAAUACACCUGAAAACACAUUUUAUGCAAAACUAACUUUAUAUUUGUGAAUCAUUUCUACGCU